AUGUCCCGCAUCCUCACCCUCGCCCUCGCCGCAGCCUCCGCAGGCACGCUCUGCCUCGCAGCCUCGGACUCCCACCCUCACCCUCACCCUCACCCGCACCCCCACCCCGAACCCCAACCAACCGCGGCCCCCUCUCCCUCCUCCUCCUCUUCCCCUCAAGUCUUCGGAAUCGACCCCCACCUAGCCCUAACAGACGGCAAGCUGUCCGCGGGCCUAGCCAUCUCUGGUAACCCCCUGGUCAUCCCCGGUCUCUUCUCCCAAACCUUCCUCCUCUCCCUCGGAGGCGACCUCAACACAAAGAACGGCAUUGAAGGCGGAAUAAUCGAAGCGGAUACCGAGUCCCUCGCCCUUCCCCUCCUGACGGUCGAAGCGCAGGGAGUGGCAAUCAGCUCCGCGCCAGAUGUCAGUGCCACCUUCAACCCAGGAACGCUCGCCGCCUCUGGGCUGGCAGGAGCAGUUCAGGGUGGUCUGCUCGGCCAGUCUUUUACCGUGUACGGCGGAUUCAACACGGCGGCCCUCUCCCUCGACUCUUCCAGUGGACUGCAUGGCACAAUCGUGCCUACGGGGGCGGUCCAGUAUGCCAGUCAGGGAGCGUCGGGCGCCAUUGACGCCGGGAUUGCCGGGACGAGUGCGCUGGGUGCUUAUGCGAGUGGAGAGGUGACGUUGGGCCCCUUGGAUGGCAAGGCGAGCGGGAAAGUCGUGGCUGAACCUACGGGUACGGCUGGAUUUACUGCUGUGGGCGGGUUCAAGACGUAUAGGAUUACCGUGGGAGCGCCGCAGGAGACGGGGAGGGCGGCUUGA